CUCCAAACUCUGGAUACCAUCCUUACACCUCUCCACCUCUCUACCUCACUUGAGACAAUACGGACUCGAAACAUCAACUGUAUCCCUCUCCACAGAUGCUGUCAGACCUGCUGAGUUUUUCCAGGGAAUUUUCUGAAUGGAAGUGUGCUAGGCUGACACGAGGAAUAAACAUAAGUGGCAUUAUCAAUCAUCUAGAGAGAGGCAUUUUAUAAAUCGAGGGACUUCUUGAUUCCCGUUGUGGUGAAGAUUAUGGGAAUAUGGUUCCAAGGUUGAGAAGAUGAUGAUGAUGACGUAGAAGAGAUGAUAUAACCCAUGGAGCAAAAUAAAUUCUGGGCAUCUGAAACCAUCAUGUACCUGCAUGUUAGGAAACCGCCUGCAAGAAAGCACAGCUAAUUCAAAGGUCCCCUGUUAGCCUUUCCAAAAAAAAAACCCUGGAGCCCAGUAGCCAAGCAUUAGAGUUCUACAUUUCAUUUUACUGACAGAACCUGUCCAUUGGUUGCCCUGAGCACCUCCUUUUCUAAUUCAUGAGCCAGAGGGAUGCAGUCGCUCAGCUUUCAGAAAGGCUUCUCAUAGCUGCACACAAAGGCCAGACAGAGAAUGUGGUGCAGCUCAUCAACAAGGGGGCCAAAAUAGCCGUCACUAAGCAUGGACGUACUGCACUGCAUUUGGCUGCAUACAAAGGCCACAUUGACGUCGUACGAAUUCUGCUGAAAGCCAGUUGUGAUCUGGACAUCCAGGAUGAUAGUAAUCAAACAGCCUUGCAUCGGGCAGCUAUUGUGGGUAAUACUGAAGUCAUCUCAGCACUCAUUCUUGAGGGAUGUGCUCUAGACCGGCAGGACAAGGAUGGUAACACUGCUCUGCAUGAAGCCUGCUGGCACGGAUUCAGUCAAUCUGUCAAACUCCUGGUCAAGGCAGGAGCAAACAUCCAUGCAAAGAAUCAGGCAGGUAACAUAGCCCUCCACUUGGCCUGUCAGAAUGGCCAUUCCCAGAGUUCUCGUGUACUAUUGCUAGGAGGGUCCAGACCUGACAUUAAGAACAGUAUGGGUGACACAUGUUUGCACAUUGCUACUCGCUACAAUCAUGUGACUAUUAUUAGAAUCCUCCUGAGUGCUUUUUGUUCUGUCAGUGAGAAGAACCAGGCCGGAGAUUCCCCACUUCAUAUCGCUGCAGCUCUGAACCACAAGAAAAUAGCUAGACUUUUACUGGAAGCUGGGGCUGAUGGGAAUAUUAUCAAUAAUGCCGGUCUGAGCUCUCUGGAAGCAGCUAGAGAGAAUAAUAGCCCAGAAGUGGCCCUUCUUCUUACCAAGGCACCACAGGUUCUCAGUUUCUGUCGUGGGAGAAGCCUGAGGAAGAAGAGGGAAAAACUCAAGGAAGAACGAAGAGCCCAAUCUGUACCUCGUGAUGAAUUGAUCCAGAGUAAGGGAAGUGUCUCAGUAGAUGAUGCCCACAGCAGUGAGCAAGGACAUCAGAAGAAAAAAAAUGGAGAUGAUUUAACCAGAGUAGCUACACCAGAACAGAAGAAAAAGUGGGACAGGAAGAAAAAGCAGAGGGAAAAGAGUUCUGCUCUUUCGGACCCUCCUCCAUUGACAGACCAGCAACCUCAACAAGACAAUGCACAAGUCAAGAAAAGGAGAAGCAAACAUUGCUGCUGUUCCCCCAGUCCACAGCAAACUGUUCUUCCUCAUAAUUUCCGUGCCUACCAGCUGUACACAUUAUACAGAAACAAGGAUGGCAAAGUCAUGCAGGCCCCCAUAAAUGGUUGUCGUUGUGAGCCACUGAUCAAUAAAUUGGAGAACCGUCUCGAAGCUACAAAGGAAGAAAUUAAAGCUGAACUUGAGACUGUGCAAGGGAAAUUGAAUACAAAGCUAGGAGAACUGGAAGGAAGAAAUAAACAUGAGAUCAGAGUCUUAGAUAAGCUGACAUCUGAGCGGAUCUCUGCAGAACGGACAGAAUGCCUACAUCGUAUUGAUCAGCGUGCUGUACUAGAGAGACUAGAAGGAGACAAACGCCAGUCUUCAAUGGUGGAUGAUAUGAAAUCCUGGUGUAUGUCCAAGCUUCAAAACCUUGAGCUCAAGCUGUCAGGAGAACUGCAAUUUAAACCUGCAACCCCUGCUGGUGAGAACGUGCCAGAAGCUCUGAGCACCGAUACCAUCCAAAGCACCAGGGACCACAGAACUGUCCAGACAUCUCCUGCUCUGCAGCAAGCUGGAGAACAACCACAACAGCCCUGCAUCAAUCUACACUCUAGUUUGUCAGAAGAAUCGGGAGGUGCCAAAGUCCAGUGCUCAGAUGAGGUGUCAGGCAGACAAUACUUUGUCAUUCAACAGGAUAUUCCACCAGGAACAGCACAACCGGAACUGACUGUUCCCAAUUCUUCCCCAACCACUGCCCAAGCAACUACUCUUCCAGCUGUUCGACCAAAGGAAAGGGUUGUUUGCUCUGUUACACCUGCUAAAACACCCGAGUUGCCACCUUUGGAACAGCCUUUGACCAAAUUUGGACAUGUAAAAUUUCAGACAUCGAGUGAAACUUCAGUUGUAAAGACCGAUCAAGCAGUGAGUGUUCAUGCAUUUCGAGGAUACAAUCAAAACAAAAGCACCCAGACUAAAAAAUCUCUCAGUGGAAGGCACAGGCAACAACAGAGCAGCACGUUGAUUUCUGCUGCACAUUGCAUGGACCAACCCAGCACACAAAUCAAAGAGAGCUCGCCUGUGCUCGAAAUCACACAAUAUUUCUUUGAGGCAGUUUCCACACACAUGGAGAAGUGGUACGAGAGGAAGAUCGAGGAGGCAAGAUGUCAAUCUGAUCAGAAGGCCCAUCAGGAUAAAGCUGCUUUGCUGGAUCAGAUUAAAAGUUUAGAAGAAGAACUACAGAAACUUAGGACUAAAACGCAGAAGGAUAGCUAGCAGCCACCAGUUAAUAUAACAAGUGUGUGGGCUUUCACCUCACAAGAGACAAGCAUUUCAAAAGUUGCAUCAUUUUGAGUUUGUCAGUCUCUUGAAGCCACAGCUAUAACAGAGUUUUUGAAUUCACUUUUGGCUACCCUAUUUUUAGGGCCUCCUUGUAAUCUAUUAAAAAAUAGGUUAUGCUUUCUGUAUGUUAAAACCAAACACACAAUUAAUUCACUGAUAGACCUUGCGGCUCUGUACAGUACACAUUAGUAAAUUGUUACUCGUGGAAAGUGUUGCAAACAUAUGUAUUCUAAACACUUUGGUAUUAAACCAAGAUGGGAAUCCCCCACCAGGAAUUUCAUUGGGAGUUGCGGGUGGGGGGGAUGCUAGUGUUCAAGACGAUAACAUUAUAUCUGUGCUGUUUUCUAGCCUUUACAUCAGAUUUGGUCUCAGUCAUGCAUAUGUCCAUGUACAACAGAGGCCCCAGGAUUAAUAGGUAGCUGCAUGAUGCAGAUGUGAAGAUUUAAAGGGCAAAAGAGUUAAAAUAACUUUUUCAAAGAUGCCUUGUAAGUGGAUUUGGACUGUUACAUCCAUUUUCUUGGCUAAAUUAGUUUCAAAGGUUUUGGCUUUAAGUUCUGUUACUAGCUUACUGUGUUUUACUCCUGGAAAUGGGAUUCCCACAAUAUUUAUGUUUUCCGAAGAAAGUAAGGAUGCCAAGCGGGUGAGGUGGUACCAGAGGAAGGCUGUGGACGUUGCCACUAUUGCUACUAGAGAGACAUGGGCUUAACUGGAAUUGGUGUAAGAAGACUUUUUUUUGUACGAUACCAGUAGUAAGCAUUUUAACGAGAGUGUCUUAAAAUGUGAUAGGUUUCCUACAGCAUUGCUUGUAGUCUCCAGAUUGUGAAAUGGUAUGUAAGUGGGAGCGUUUACAAGCAGGAAUCUGUCAGCUACAGUAUCAGGAAGCAGGGCACUCAGGGUAGGUCUCAAUAUGAGUGGAGCUACAACAUUCUGGGAGGGAGGGAGCAGAGAUCAGACAGAAUGGAUGAAAUGCUUGAGGGGAGCUAUUCUGGCAGCCAAAAAGUUAGUGCAGAAAUGGAAUGUAGCAAAAGUUAGAAUCAUUCGAUAACCAACAGGAAAAAAUUUGCAAGAUCAUGAUCAUGUGCUAUAUAACCAUUCUGAAAACCUUAAGGACGGAAUGUUCUUACCAGAUUUGAAAGAUGUCUAUAUUUCACCAUUUAACAAUUGCAUGAAUGAACUUUUCUAAAUUUGUAGCCUGAUUAUUAUCAAGUGCAGACUAUCUUCAAAGUUUACUUUUUUCACAACUGGUACAAAAAUCUAAUUUUUAAAGGAUUGAUGAUUCUGUCAACCACCUUUAAGAUGAUCCGUAAAAGUGGUUGGCAGAAUCAAGUGGUAGCUAAUGUAGCAAGUGAAACUAAAACAACUAUGCAAGUUGAAAAUAUUUUUUGAUAACACUAACCAUCAAAAUGAUGACAAUAACCUGCUCAGUAACCAGAAGAUGUUGGGCACUUAUUAUCUUACAUGUGAGUGGUUGACUAAUGGAGAAUUUGGACCUUGUCAUUGAUAUUGGAGCUAUGCAAAUUACAUCCCGAAGGUGUUAGUUUUAAUUUAAAUCGGUUACAUAAUGAGCAACUGGUAGACUGAGAUAAAAAGAACUUGAUUUUACAGGAUCUCAUCUUUUUAACAUAAGCUUUUCUAAAUAUCGAACACCUUUGUUAGAAGUUCACUACUGACCUUCCAAAAAACUGCAAAAUGUUGGUUAGAAAAUUGAAAUGCUGUAAAUUUGUACCACAGUAUUGAUUCUGAAAAUGUCUGGUUUAGUUUGUACAUUUUUAAAAUAUAUUAACUUCUAGAUAUAAUUUUGCUCAUGAUAUAGUGUACAUGGUGUACCUUACCAUGUCAUGAAUGUAGGUCCUAAUAAAAUACAUGUUCACUGGCCUGUAAGAAUACUUCAUUUUAAAAUCAUGCUUUCUCUUUAUAGCGAUGUAGUGUAGGGAUUUCUGCACAAUUUGCAACAGCAUGGUUGAAAUGACAACUCAGGCACUAAAAUCAUUGUGUGAAACAUUUAUAAUAUUUAAAGAUUAUUAAGUAAAUUAUCAUCUAGAGUUCAUGGGGUGAAACUCAACCUCAUUGUGCUCAUUUUUGGGGUUUAGGGCCACAGUCUUUCAUGUCUUGCAUAUACAAAAUAGGGAUCCCAACGUGAGGCACGAGUCAAAAUUGGUCAUUAACCAUCAUAUGUGGAGCUUGCUCCUCAUAUGUUCCGGGUAUUUAGUGGCCUAACCAGGCACCACUGGAAUUCAUCCUACAAACAGAUAAGACGACUUCACGGUUUCAUUUCUGUGGAACCAGAAGGAGCUGAAUUGCUUCUCCAAGUUCCAUGAGAAAUACUCCAAGCGACUGACGACCCGGGGUCCCCCUUACUGUGCUCUUGGACCUAUGGACCAGCUUCGUGUUGGAGCCAGAUAAAAUUCUUAAGGCUUUCACUGGUGAGCGGCACCUGAUUGCCAAUCAGAGUUCUCCCGUUCCAUACAGAUGAUGCUAACAGAUGACGCAUUGACAUUCAAUGACAUUACCAUCACUGAAUCCCCCGCUAUCAACAUCCUGGGGAUUACUACUGACCUGGACCAGCCAUAUAAAUACUGGGAGUUCUACUGAGAGUAACUUACCUCCUGACUCCCUAAAGCCUGUACACCAUCUGCAAGACACAAGUCAGGAGUGUUUGGAAUACUCUCCGCUCACCUGGAUCGUGCAGCUCCGACAUUUGAGAAGCUCAACACCAUCCAGGAUAAAGUAGCCCACUUGAUAGGCGUCCCUUACGCUACCUUAAACAUUCAUUCCUUCCAUCACAACACAUCGUGGCAGCAGAGUCUAUCAUCUACAAGAUGUGCCGCAGUAACUCACCAAGGCUCCUUCGACAGCACCUUCCAAACCCACUGCUACUACUAUCUAGAAGGAUGAGGGCAGCAGUUACAUGGGAACACCACCACCUGGA